GUGAAAUGCCACUUCACUUGCACAUACCCAACGAAAUUGAAUGUCCCUAAGAACUGUCAUACAAAGAAAAGGUUGUGGCUAGGGUUACGCGUGGGUUACCCUGAGUAUCUCCAGAUAAAUACAACUGAAAGCAAUAAAUCACAAUUCCCUUCUAACGUUUACGAAAACGUAUAUGAAAAUAUAUUCCAAACAGCUGUAAAGUGGCUACAGUUAGGAUACCAUUAUUCAUUUCAAAUAUUCAGGGUUUCUCUGACAAUAACAGUUAGUUGGAGCCUUAGCCUGUGUGAUUCUCACAUAUUCCUAUUCUGUCGUUUUGUGUUUCACAUUUCUCAUUUUCCCCAUUUCUUCAAUCUUCAUUUUCGUGUUCAUUUUCAUUCGUCUUUUUCUUGUUUCGUCAGGGUCUGUCCUUACGUCUUUAGUAAAAAUGAUGCUGCAAAUAAUUGGUUUUUGAUAAUGGUACUUCACGCACUUUUCUAAAGGGGGAAUGUUAUGAUAAACUUGUUAUAUCUAGGCUGUAGGUUGGUAGAAUGGCAGAAUGUAUUAACAGAAACUCAGAAGUUCCCAAAGAUUGCAGCAGUAGCCCCAGUCCUACAGAGACACUUGAUUUGGAGUCUGUGUGCAUUGAAAAUAACCCAGCUUUGUAAGGUCACUUGUUUUAGUGCCAGCAGCAUUCAUUGCAUAAGCAUCUGCAAAGAGAUCAGGGGCAGAGUGUAGAGUUCAACCCUUAAGGAAUGAGAUUUUGAAAAAUACUGGAUAUUUGAUACUAUAUACCAAAGAUUAGAUAGAUCAGCAUAAUAGAUCAGGUUCUUUCUAACAGUCACUUAGGAUCCUGAUGAGUGUUUACAUAGGCUUAACCAGUUCAGUAUAAGGUUUGGUACCUCUCAGGUUAGUAUUGGUCAUAUACAACAUGAUGACAAAUACAACAUUGAUGAAGUAGAAAAAGUUGAGAAGGCAAACUUCCUCAAUGAGCUAGGGUUAAUUGAUGACUAUGAUGAAGAGGAUGAUGAUAGUGCCAAUUGGGAGGAUUGUACUGACCACGGAUUUCCCGAUGAGUUUGAUAAUCCUGAAGCGGUAGAUGUUGGUGAUGUUUGCUGCUCAAGUCGGACCUCUCUAAAAAAUUCUCACCUGAAGCGGAGCAGCCUUGAAUCAGUUGAGAAGGGCCAGAAAAAACGCAAAUUGGAGGUCAAUAAUGGAAAUUCUUGCAAACGAGUGCAAUCAAACAUCUCUGCUGAUAUGUCUUUAUCUGACACAACCAUGCAAGAUAUCUCGUCGUGCCCUGAGCAGCAGCAGCAGCAAGGGGAGACAAGAUGCACCACCCCCACCUCUACCUCAAGCAGUACUGUAUCUGUUUCGACGACGCCCUCUAGCAUCGCGAAUAGACGCAAGGUCAUCCCCACCAAGGACAAUCCGCCAGCGGAAAUGGCCGAAUGGUUGGCGAGGUUCAGCUCGUGGUCGAACGCUGAGCGGCUCAUGGCCAUCAACGAGCUGAUUGAGAGGUGCGAGCCCACGCAAGUCAGGCAUAUGAUGCAGGUAAUCGAGCCCCAAUUCCAGCGUGACUUCAUCUCGCUACUGCCGAAAGAACUUGCCUUGAACGUGUUAUCAUUCUUGGAUCCACGUGAUCUCUUAAGAGCGGCGCAAACUUGUCGAAGCUGGCGAUUUUUGGCUGAUGACAACUUGUUGUGGAGGGAGAAGUGCCGACAAGCUGGUAUCGAGGAUGUGCUCAGAAAAAGAUCUUCUGCCAAAGGUCAUUCCACUCAUAUGUCACCAUGGAAGGCGGCAUACAUGAGACAGCAUACCAUAGAGACGAAUUGGAGAUCGAAACCGAUUCGUCCACCAAAAGUAUUAAAAGGACACGAUGACCAUGUGAUAACUUGUUUGCAGUUUUGCGGAAAUCGUAUUGUCAGCGGAUCGGACGACAAUACGUUGAAAGUUUGGUCUGCAACAACAGGGAAGUGCUUAAGAACUCUAGUGGGACAUACGGGUGGCGUGUGGUCAUCUCAGAUGUCCGGUAGUAUAAUAAUUAGUGGUAGUACCGAUCGAACGUUAAAAGUGUGGGAUGCUGAUACAGGAGUUUGCUUACAUACCCUUUAUGGACACACAUCUACAGUUAGAUGUAUGCAUUUGCACGGGAAUAAGGUUGUAAGCGGCUCCCGAGACGCCACCCUGCGCGUGUGGGACAUCGAGACCGGCGACAACCUGCACGUGCUGGUGGGCCAUUUAGCGGCUGUGCGGUGCGUCCAGUACGACGGAAGAUUCGUCGUGUCCGGGGCGUAUGACUAUACCGUCAAAGUUUGGCGGCCAGAGACUGAGGAAUGCCUGCAUACAUUGCAAGGACACACCAAUAGAGUUUAUUCUUUACAGUUUGAUGGUGUUCAUGUGGUGAGUGGUUCGUUGGAUACUAGUAUUAGGGUGUGGGAGGUGGAAACGGGAGCGUGCAAGCAUACCUUAAUGGGACACCAAUCGCUGACUUCCGGUAUGGAGCUUAGGAACAACAUUCUGGUGUCUGGGAAUGCGGAUUCGACUGUGAAGGUGUGGGAUAUCAUCACAGGGCAGUGUCUGCAGACCUUAUCGGGUCACUACAAGCACCAGUCAGCCGUUACAUGUCUGCAGUUUAACAAUCGGUUCGUGAUCACUUCGUCAGAUGAUGGUACUGUGAAACUAUGGGACGUCAAGACUGGAGAAUUUGUGCGCAACUUGGUGGCGUUGGACAGCGGAGGUGCCGGUGGUGUUGUGUGGAGGAUACGGGCUAGCGAUACGAAGCUGGUAUGUGCGGUAGGCAGUCGCAAUGGAACUGAAGAAACUAAGCUUCUAGUAUUGGAUUUUGAUGUGGAAGGAGGUCCUUUCAAAGAGAUGACUGUGGGUCAAACGCAGUUACAAGGCAGGUAAUGGAACCAUCAACACUUUAACUAGUGAAGUAUUUGUGGAAGUGGUAUACAACCUAAAAAUCGUGUUUUAUUCAUUUGAUUCGGUGAUUGAGGGAUUUGCAGCUUUAUUUGAGAAAACUAUUACGCUUAUAAUACAAAAAUUUAUCAUCUUAUGAAACACUCUCAUUAAGCAGAAUUUAUUUGUCUUUAUAAAAUUAUAAAUGCCUUCAAUCUACUAAUAACAUUAUAAAGUUUAAAAAUGGAUUUUUAGUUGUAUAAAUAUCUUUCAAAGUACUCAAGUGUGGAUCUUAUGAGGUGGACUGAGGACUUAAAAAAUUAUCAUCCAUAGUGUUUGUGUGAACGUAGUGUACAUUUUGUCACAUGUGUACCAGUAAUGCGCUUAUCUGCAUAUAUUUUGGAAUUGAGUGUUUUGUCUAUCAGAUUACCACGUCUAUCAACAAGAUAUAGAAAAAAUGUAUGCGUCUAACAACAGUACAACGUUGAAGCUACUGAAAUAUUUUUGACAAAUGAGGUUAGACACUUCUGCUUUAUGCUGUUGCCACUCCUAGCUUCUCUACAAAAAGCUCUACAAAAAGUCGCUUGAACUGUACUCUGCUGAAACUGGAUUGGAUGCAUACAUCAAAUUUAAUCAUAGUUACAUGCCCUGCAUCAAGUUUUUUUUCAUUUGAAUUUUUCUAACGUGAAUUUUUUCUCCAAAAAACAUUGAGAGUACGAAGCUUUGAAUUUACUCAUUUGCUGUGAUACAAGUAUACUGAUAUAUGGAGGAUCAACAAAGAGGUGUAACAUUAUUGGUAUGCAAUGACAAAUUAAAAAGUGUAUGGUAGACCUCUACUUAUUGUAAAAUGUCUGGUGCAUUAUCAAAACUGAAAAUCGUAUAAAACUUUAUUGCAAUUUUUGUUCCUAAAUUUCUUUAUACAAUAAUGCACCAGAAUGACUGAAUAGGAUAGAAGAGUACAGAACAUUAUCUAGCGCCAAGCCUUAAAUUGUAUUUUGAAAACCCAAAGUAUCUAAGUUCUAUGUAAACAUGAUUGAUUGAUUUCAUUUUUUCCAAAGACAUACCAUGUAGAGAUCGAUAAAUUUGUUUAAAUUAAUGUAUUUUUUAGCCAAAAUCGUGCAAUAUUGUUUUAUGAUAAAUUUGUCAGAUUUAAAAUUCUUGUGUAUACAAUUUUUCAAUGUAUGUUUUUGGAAUGAAGAUUACAACGCACAAUGAACCUGGCAAAAAGGUAAUUUGCACCUGGAAAAUCAAACUGCUGCAUUAGCAAAAAUACUGUGUUUAUAAAAGGUCGCAUUUGAGAAUUAAGUGUUUAACAACAAUACCUUGAAUAGGUGAUUUGAGUUUGGAAGGAAAAAAGUACGAGCAAUUGUUCACAGAAAGUGAAAUUUCGGUCUUCUCAAAAAUGCAACUGGUGAAAACAAUUUUGUGGGGUGAAAAAUACCUUUGAAGUCUAUGAUCAUAAUGAAAUGGCUAGGUAUGUACGUUUCAGAUGGUUUUCUCUUUACAAAAGUAGUUUAAGAUAUGACUAGGUAGGAUUCUCCAGUAAUGGUUUGUUUUAUUGAGGUCCGUUUUAGGAUCUUGGAUGUGUAUCUUUACAGGAAUCAUGUUGAAUAUUUUCAAUAGCUGUAGAAAAAAUGUUCAUGCUCAAAUAUAUUCUUGUCAUAGCUCAACUGUAAAUAAUUGUUAAUAUCAUUUACAUCACUCUCAAGACAUUAAGUAUAUUUGUUUUGUAAUUAAUUUCUUUCCAAAGCCACAUAGUGGAAACAUCCAUUAUAAAUAGAAAAUACUUUUCAGAAAGCUGUAUUUUAUAUGCAGAUUCCCAAACAAUACGUUUUCCCAUUUUAUUCUUUUUAAUAUUUGUAAUACUCUAUAAUCGCUAUUAGCCUUAUGAAGCUUAUUUUCGAAUUUUUGUAGUUUGGACCAAGUAAAUUCUGCAGUGCCUUAUUUAAUUUUAUCAAUCAUCACAGCAAUUUGGUAUUACAAAUAUUACAAUAAAUUGUAUUUUAUGUUCAAUUGUUGGUGGUAAAUGAACAUUGGUUAGUUCUUCCAAUAGAUCAAAUUGAUAAUCUCGAAUAAUUAAGCCUAGCGAAUACGUCUAAGAUUGAAAAAUGUCGGUAUUAAUUUGGAAAAUCUGGUGUUGUUAUUUUUUCCUUAAUCUGUAUUUGUUGUAUUUAUUUUAUAAAGUGAUACAAUUAA